AUGACUUCAAAUCCCUCUUCACAAACAGGUCAGCAGAGACAUUGUCGAGCAGGCAAUGAUUGCCACUUUCUGCAUGAUGAGUCACGACUUCCUGGAGUACAGGUCAGUAUCGGGGAAUCAAUGUGGGGAGAUGCUCCGGAAGCAGCGGGUUCUGGGGAGCUUGCAGACAAUGGAACAGUCCAAGACCGUCGACAAGCUGUUACUCAGCCUGCCGCUUCUCGUGUUGUCGCCAAGCCAGUUCCACAAGCACAGAUUCAAGAUCCAAGAGAAUUUCAGCUCGGUCAGAUCAGAAGGAGAUACUCGCCCAAGGAGUCGAGACAGUCAGACGGCUCAACCCUACUGAGAAUUAGUCUUACUCCGUCAGACCCGGACUUUCCAUUUGAAAUGACCGCUCUGGACUGUAGUUUUAUUGUACCUCUUGCAUAUCCAAAGAUCAGACCAUCAUUGAAGGUUGGUAACAAAGACAUCCCGAGAGGAUUCGCCUUGAAUGUCGAAGCAGGGUUUGAUGGCCUCGUUCAGGAGAAGCCCGAUGCUACUCUACUCGAGUUGGCAAAGAGCCUGGACAGAAACCUAGAGGCAUUCCUGUCUGCUCCAAAGGCAGACACGGUAAAGUUGAUGCCUAAUAAAGAUACUCGCCACCUCUCAGCCUUGCCAGCGCGGUCAGUGCAGCCAGCCGAGGUUCCACCACAGGGUCAAGAUACGCCACAGGCUGUACAAUCGGAGAUCAAGUCUACAUAUCCUGUGAAACCUGUGGAGAACUUUACUGUCCAGCAGAAAGCAGAAGCAGCUAAGCGCAGAGAGACAGAGACUAGACAGCUUGAAGCGCGAAUGGGAAGACUACCCCUUUAUAAGAAGUCAGGUGAUGGCAUUGCGUACACACUACCCAUUGAGCCUCGAAAACGGGCUGAGCUUCCCGUUGCUCUACAGGCUGUCAAAUCAGUUAAGUUGUUUGUUCCUUUGCUGUAUCCAUUGCAGUCUUGUCGGGUUCAACUUGAAGGUGUUGAUCGAAGCGAGCAAACGGCAGUGGAAAAGGGGUUUGAGAGAAAGGCUGCUCAGGGGAUAGACAACACUACGCUAAUGGGUCACAUGAACUUCUUAGCACAGAAUAUUCAGGUACUUGCCAAGACAGUUCUUGAGCCUGAGAAAAAGUCAGUACCUGUAAUAGUCCAGCCACAAGAACCUGCCGCCAGUGCUGCGGAAGGAAAAUGGGUUGAAGGCCAUCAAGAUGCAGAACGAAGUCACAUCCAAUACAUCACUCGACCUCCUGAGUGGACCAUUAUCAACAAGUAUGGGGACUCUGAAGAUGAUUCUGAAGAUGACUAUUCCUACGAUUCAGGUGACGAAUUUACAGAAGAUGAAGAAAGUGUUGUCGAAAUCAAGACAAGCGGACAACAAUCAUCCCCACCACCAGCACAAAACCAAGAAAAAGGAACAGCAUUGUCUUUUCCCUUUAUUGAGCUCUACGGUAUUGAACUCCUCGAGGUAGUAGUUUUGAACCUCUCUAUCAAAUGCGAGAGAUGCAAAGACGUGAUGGAAAUCAAAGGUCUCCGCGAUGGCGUCACAAAGCACGAAAGCUGCAAGAAGUGCGCUACUCUCCUCGGCGUAGGUUUCCGACGAGAUCUAAUACACGCCAACGCCGUCCGAGCCGGCUUUUUAGACCUCGAGGGUUGUGUUCCAGUUGACAUGCUCCUUAGCACAUUCAUACCAACCUGCUCCCAAUGCUCCACUGCCUACCCAGCACCAGGAAUCGUCUCUGUACGCGGCGAUACUACGAGCAAUAUCUGCCGAGAAUGCCACCAGAAGUUCAGCUUCAAGAUCCCGCAAACGAAAUUCCUGCGCAUCUCCUCGGAACACGUACCUCGCUCCGCAGGACCGCGGAGGAAGAAAGAAACCCUGGGCCUCACGCCCGGCACGGAGCUGCCGAAACGCGGUCGCUGUCGCCAUUACACCAAGAGCUAUCGCUGGUUCCGAUUCAGCUGUUGCCAGAAGGUGUACGCGUGCGAUAAAUGCCACGACGCGGCCGAGGAGCACCCGAACGAGUGGGCGAACCGCAUGAUCUGCGGCUGGUGUAGUCGCGAGGGCAAUUAUCGACCGGAGGACUGUGGG